AUUGAUCUGUAUCUGUGUAUAGCUUGUUGCCUCCAAUAACCCUCUCCAUGGUGGUCUCUCCCGAAGCAGUUAUUCAACUCAGGAGUCCUAAUGAGCUUAAAGCUGCUCCCCAGCAACCUGUCUGGACUCUAGAGAAUAUCAAAUCCUCCUUGGAUCUAGGAGAUGAGGAAGAUUUAGAUGAUCUUUCUGAUGAUGGUCCUGAGCUGUCUCCGUUUGUUCCAACAUCUCCCGGAGAAUUAAUGCUUGCUUUUGCUCUUUCCAUUCCUUCCAUUCUCUUCCUUGUUUACCUUUGUGUAGUCUGCUAUAGGUUUAUGUGCACAAAGAACUAUGCUGAAUGGAGAACUGGCAGACUAGAUGCGUCAGAAGAUCGUUAUACACAAAUAGUUCAGGAGGGAGUUCCAAUACCUUUGGAUGGGCAUCAGCAAGAGAUAGAGAGUUUACUGUCCGAUGUCGGGAAGCAGGACCGGUGAAUGGUGAUGAAUCUGCCGAAGAAGUUGAAUUAAGUGAAGAAGAGAACCAUGAAGGAAGCACGUGGAUAUCUAGUUCUAGCACCCUGCCCUCCUUUAG